AUGGGAGGAGGUGGCAAUAUGAGUACUCCAGCAACUAAAACUGGAGAAAAGAAAAGUCAUCUGCAAAGAGUUCCAUCUGCAAAGCCUCCCUUUACACUUGGUGACGUUAAGAAGGCCAUUCCUCCUCACUGCUUUCAACGAUCUCUCAUUCGCUCCUUCUACUACCUCAUUAAGGAUCUCAUUAUUAUCUCCAUUACUUAUUACAUUGCAGCCACUUACUUCCCCUCUCUUCCAUACCCACUUACUUACCUUGCAUGGCCUGCUUACUGGGUCAUUCAAGGUUGUGUUGGCACCGGAAUAUGGGUCAUUGGACAUGAGUGCGGACACCAUGGCUUCAGUGAUUACCAAUGGGUAGAUGACACCGUUGGCCUUAUCCUUCACUCUGCACAAUUGACACCCUUCUUCUCAUGGAAAAUUAGCCAUCGCCGUCACCAUGCCAACACCGGUUCCCUUGAAAAUGAUGAGGUCUACAUUCCCAGGUUUAAAUCCAAACUUAGAUGGUACUAUCAAUACUUGGACAACCCAGUAGGAAGAGUAGGUGUACUUGCCUUUACCCUCCUCUUUGCCUGGCCUUUAUACUUGGUCUUCAAUAUCUCUGGCAAGAAGUACGAACGGUUUACAUGUCAUUAUGAUCCAAAUAGCCCAUUAUAUUCUGAGCGCGAGAGACUACAAAUCCUCAUCUCAGAUGCAGGUGUGCUUGCAGCUACCUAUGUGUUGUAUCGCAUAGCUCUGGCAAAAGGGUUUACCUGGCUUGUAUGCAUCUAUGGGGUGCCCCUCCUUAUUGUGAAUGGCUUUAUUGUUCUAAUCACUCUUUUGCACCACACUCACGCUUCAUUGCCACAUUAUGAUUCAACCGAGUGGGAUUAUCUAAGAGGAGCUCUAGCUACGGUAGACAGAGACUACGGUGUGCUGAACAAGGUGUUCCACAACGUUACGGAUACCCACGUUUUGCAUCACAUAUUCUCAUACAUAUCGCAUUAUCAUGCAAUGGAGGCAACCAACGCUAUCAAGCCAUUGCUAGGAGAAUACUACCAAGUUGACGAUACUCCAAUUUUAAAGGCACUGUGGAGGGAUACGAAGGAGUGCAUCUAUGUCGAGAAAGAUGAAGGCUCUCAAGGAAGAGGUGUUUAUUGGUAUAAAUACAAGCUUGAUGAUUA